CAUAUAUUAGACAUUGCAUACCUCUGAUCCGGCCUGGGUGAACCUAAAGAUGUUGUCAAUAAAGAGAAGCACAUCCUGUCCCUCCUGAUCACGGAAGUAUUCAGCAACAGUCAAACCGUUGGGACGAGGAUGCUCCCCUCCUUUACGUCAGUGCUGCUGGUCACAGCACUGACCGGUGUCUGGGCCCAAGACUUGUAUGAGGAGAGGAAAACUAGCAAGAAAUUCAAGAACAAACCUCAGGCUGCAAACAUUCAUGAUGGACAAGCCAUCCUAGAUGAGGACUGUGGCCUGGAGCUCUCCUUUCUGUUGGACAGCUCUGAGAGUGCCAAGGACAAUCACGAGCAGGAGAAGCAGUUUGCCAUGAAUAUGGUGGAAAGAUUCCAAGGGCUUCGGCUGCAGACCGGCCGCACCUUGAGCUUGAGGGUGGCCCUGCUUCAGUACAGCAGUCAUGUUAUCACAGAGCAAACCUUCAGAGACUGGAGGGGCACAGAGAACUUCAAGGCCCGCAUAACUCCCAUCGUCUACAUUGGGCACGGCACCUACACCACCUACGCCAUCACCAACAUGACCAAGAUCUACCUGGAGGAAUCCAGCCCAGGCAGCAUCAAAGUAGCCGUGCUGCUCACAGAUGGUAUUUCUCACCCGAGGAACCCUGACAUUUUCUCUGCUGUUGCUGACGCCAAGAACCAGGGCAUCAAAUUCUUCACUCUGGGCAUCACCCGUAAAGCCAACGAGCCAGCCAACGUAGCCCAACUCCGCCUGCUCGCCAGUGCCCCGGCCUCCCACUUCCUCCAUAAUUUACAGGACGAAGACAUUGUUGAAAAAAUCGUCACUAAGAUUACUAGCUUGGCUGAUGAAGGAUGCCCUCUGGCUCAGAAAUGUGCUUGUGAGAAAGGAGAGAGGGGGCCAAGCGGGCCUGCGGGGAAAAAGGGUCGGUCCGGAGACGAUGGAGCCCCGGGGCUUAAAGGGUUAAAGGGUGAAGCAGGACUGAGUGGUCUUCCCGGGCGAGAGGGAGCUGAGGGAAAACCAGGUUACAAAGGAGAGAAGGGUGAGAGGGGUGAAUGCGGGACUCCAGGAAUCAAAGGAGACAGGGGUCCUGAGGGGUCAGUUGGAACAAGAGGAAUUAGAGGCCUGCAGGGGUUACCAGGACCACAUGGAGACGUUGGACCAGAGGGUCCUCAGGGAAAGCAGGGUGAACGUGGCCCACCUGGCCCUCCAGGAAUUCAGGGAGAAAUUGGUAUUGGAUUUCCUGGACCAAAGGGUGACAUGGGAUUUCAGGGGCGAUCUGGUCCUCCUGGUCCUCCUGGAGUGGGUGAACCCGGCCUUCCUGGACCUCAAGGACCACAAGGUGUUCCAGGGGAUAAAGGACCCCAUGGCGAGGGGUUUCCCGGACCAAAGGGGGAUCGGGGGCUUCCUGGACCGAGGGGGCCGAGGGGACAGCAGGGUGCAGGAAUCAAAGGAGAAAGGGGAGUCGAGGGUCCAAGGGGUCCACCAGGAGGAAGAGGAAUUCCAGGAGAGGGUUUACCUGGACCUAAGGGAGACCAGGGUUUACCAGGAGAGCAGGGAACUACAGGAGAGAGAGGCAUUGGUGAGCCUGGUCCAAAGGGAGAGCCUGGAGCGUCUGGUCUGGGUGGCCUGCCCGGUCUUCCAGGAGAGGAUGGAGCUCCAGGGCAGAAGGGGGAGGCUGGUUUACCUGGUUUAAGAGGCCCUGAAGGAGCACAAGGAAUUGGCAUUCAAGGGGAGAAGGGUGACCAGGGUCUGAGGGGCAUCCGUGGGUUACAUGGGCCUCCUGGGAUCUCAGGACCCUCUGGACCAAAGGGUGAACGUGGGAUACCAGGCCAUCUGGGCAUGCCAGGGCAGCCAGGACGGUCUAUAUCAGGUCCAAAGGGUGAUUUAGGUCCCGCUGGUCCCCCUGGUCCUGUUGGGGAGACAGGCCAUGGAUUACCUGGUCCAAAGGGUGAUCGCGGUCAUCCGGGUUUACCGGGUCCAGGUGGUCCAAAAGGAGAAGGCCUCCCCGGCCCUCUGGGUCCUCCAGGCAUGCCAGGCUUACCGGGCGAGCCGGGCGUAGAAGGAAUAGGAAUUCCUGGUCCCAAGGGUGACAUUGGCUUUAGAGGAUUGCCAGGUUUGCCCGGCCCAUCUGGAGAGGGUUUACAAGGACCACCUGGUAAUGUUGGGAGACAAGGACCUCCUGGUCCAACUGGACCUCCAGGAGAAGGUAUUCAAGGGCCAAAGGGUGAGCCAGGAUCUCAAGGUAUGACUGGACCAAGAGGGCCUCAAGGAGAUGGAUUUCCAGGAGCCAAGGGCGAUCGUGGAUUACAGGGCGAAAAGGGACUGAAAGGCAUAAAAGGAGACAUGGGAGAUACUGGAGUCCCUGGUGAAGCAGGGAGGCCAGGAGUGAAAGGAGAAGCAGGACUUACAAGGGAAGACAUUAUUAAGCUGAUCAAAGAAAUCUGUGGAUGUGGCAUCAAGUGCAAAGAAAGGCCAAUGGAACUUGUGUUCGUCAUCGACAGCUCAGAGAGUGUCGGCCCCGAGAACUUUGAAAUCAUCAAGGACUUUGUCACCAGGUUGGUGGAACGGACCACAGUUGGACGCAACGCCACUAGAAUCGGACUGGUCCUCUAUAGUCUGGAUGUCCAAUUGGAGUUCAACUUGGCUCGCUACGUGAACAAGCAGGACGUUAAGCAGGCAAUCAGAAAGAUGCCUUACAUGGGCGAGGGCACCUAUACCGGCACCGCCAUCAGAAAGGCGACUCAGGAGGCUUUCUACAGCGCUCGGCCUGGAGUCAGAAAAGUAGCCAUCGUCAUCACUGAUGGUCAGACUGACAAACGAGAGCCUGUCAAACUUGACAUAGCUGUGAGGGAAGCUCACGCUGCAAACAUUGAGAUGUAUGCCCUGGGGAUUGUCAAUUCCUCUGAUCCUACGCAGGCCGAGUUCCUGCAAGAACUCAACCUCAUUGCCUCAGACCCUGACACUGAACACAUGUACCUCAUUGACGACUUCAAUACUCUCACAGCACUGGAGUCUAAACUCGUCAGCCAGUUCUGUGAAGAUGAAAAUGGUGCCCUCAUUUACAAUCACAUAACAAAUGGACACUGGAACGGCAAUAAUGGGCAUGGGAGUUAUGGAAACAAUAGACAUGGAGAGAAUACCAAUGGAUACAAUGGCUAUGACAAUAAUGGUUAUGCUUAUGGUAACAAUGGACAUGGGAACAACGGCAAUAGUUACAAUUACCAAGAGGAGAUCCAAAAUCCGAGACGCACCAACACCCGAGGCCGUGGAGACACUUUCAUACUGCCCAUCAGUGCUAAUCCUCUUCCUGUUCAGGUGGUGGAGGAUGAUGAAGGUGAAGAUUUAGACUUAAGAGCCCACGUGCGGGGCAGUAGUACUGUAGCUGUAGUCAACAAAACAGCAUCUUCAUCGCCUGUGAGAGAAAGCUCUGCAUUCAAUGAGGCAGUCCUAUCAUCAUCUUCAUCCUCUUCUACAUCUUCAUCCUCAUCUGCAGCACUGGGUUCAGUUUCAUCUUUAAACAAUAAUCAGGUGCAGCCCGUGGUGAGGCCAGUCGUGCCAGCAGAGGCCACUCCUAUUGAGCCACGCUGUAACCUCAGCUUAGACCAAGGCAACUGCAGAAACUAUAUCAUCAGCUGGUACUAUGACAAGCAGGCCAAUGCCUGUGCACAGUUUUGGUACGGCGGCUGCGCUGGAAAUGACAACCGUUUCGAAACAGAGGAUGAAUGCAAGAAGACUUGUGUUCUAUUCAGAACAGGAUAA